AUGACCUCUGAUUCGGUCAUCGAGUGCCGAUCACUGGCUGCGAUAGAUGCAAAUAGAGCUGCGAUGCAUUGUAUGGCUUCUGGUCAAUGCACUAGAGAGAACGGAAACAAAGGGCAAAGCGGUAGAAAAGUCACUUCGGCCCCUCAGAUGGGCGCCGUGGAAUUUCCUUGGGCUGGUCUUGAGGUCCAUGCCGGGCAUUCAACAGCUUAUGCUAAGAUUCUCGACGUCUUUCAUGGAAAGCGGUUGCGCAACUUGAAAUUUGUCUUACGCAUCUUCUUCGAGCAUCGCCUUGGAGACUUGAGCGAGACUUCAUGUUUAUUGGUGUUUGUGCAACAUGCAUCAAAUGGCCACUUGGCCACAAGCUUUGCGAUUCGACCGAAUUCACAGACCUGA